AUGCAGUUUAUGUUGCUUUUUAGUCGUCAGGGGAAACUGAGACUUCAGAAGUGGUAUGUUCCAUUAUCUGACAAAGAAAAGAAGAAAAUCACAAGGGAACUUGUUCAAACAGUAUUAGCCCGCAAACCGAAAAUGUGCAGCUUCCUGGAAUGGAGAGACCUGAAGAUUGUCUACAAAAGAUAUGCAAGCCUUUAUUUUUGCUGUGCUAUUGAAGACCAGGACAAUGAACUAAUAACUCUGGAAAUAAUUCAUCGCUACGUGGAACUUCUUGACAAGUAUUUUGGCAGUGUAUGUGAACUUGAUAUCAUCUUCAAUUUUGAAAAAGCCUAUUUCAUUCUGGAUGAAUUCCUUUUGGGAGGGGAAGUUCAGGAGACUUCCAAGAAAAAUGUUCUCAAAGCCAUUGAGCAGGCAGACCUUUUGCAGGAGGAUGCUAAAGAAGCAGAGACCCCGCGUAGUGUCCUUGAAGAGAUUGGAUUGACAUAGAUCUCCUCGUCAGUUGAUGGCAUCUCAGUGUUUCAUACUGUAAAUGUUCACUGCCUUCAUUGUAACGUUUAGCUAAUGGUGUAAGAUGCUGUUUGUCAGUAUUACUGUUCUGCUAAGCUGCUUCAUUCGGGCCUACAAGAAAAAUGCUCUUUUGAAAAGGGAACAGAAAUUCAAGUCCAAAAAUCAUAAAUAAAAGGGAAUUAGAAGCAAAUUAAAUUAGCAUCUCUCUUCACUGCAUUUAUAGGAUUAUUGCAUUUGACUUCAAUAAGCGUACUGUUUUUUAUAAGCAAACAACUUCAGGAACUAAGUGUAUCGUGACAUAGCAUMUCAAAAUGAGAAGAGAUUACGUGGAUAACAUUAAAAUUUAAAAUGUUACGGUGUAGAACUUGUGUUUAUGCAACCAAAGACUGCAGUUCAUCUUCAUUAAGUCAACACGUGUAAUAGUUCUGCUUUAUUUCUAUUGUUACAUAAAAGUUGGAAAUAACUGUUUACUACUGAAUUUGUCAUUAUACCAAAGAAUCCUCUUAGGAUCUGCUUGUCAAACUGGUCAAAACUGUUAAGAUCACUCUGCUUUUAGUCGGAAAACUUCAAACUGAUCAUUCAUAAGAAAUUGAAGUGUUUUUCAGUGUUUCUUGCUGUAAUCAGCCUGAGUAAAAUUGUGCAAGCUGCUUUAUGAUUAAGGGGAGGCAUCCAAUAAAAAGCACUAUCUUUCACAGAGGGAAAUUUUUAAAAUCUGAUAUUUGCUGACUCUGUAAACAGGAAAAGGGAACUGCCCUUUCUAGCUGAACAGGGGCAUACAUAAUAAAAUUGGGAUCAUUUUGAUCAUGUAAAAGAGGGAACUUGAUAAAAGGGACUUCUCAUCUUUUGUUCAAAUUCUAGAAAUGAAUUUGUAUUUAUUGCUGUUGUGUAGUUAGGCUCCAGGGUGUGUAUGAGCACCUUUUAAGUAAACACCAAGUGGUCAGCUUCAUCUUGGCUCCUUUUCGUGGCUUACCCCUUAGGCCUAAGCGUUGCAUCCUUCAUGAAACUGCCCCUUGGUGUAGGGGACAACAACCUGCUCUGGAAUGAGAAUGUCUGAAAAUUAGGUUUGUUUAUGAGACUCUGGAGCUGCAACUUGGCAAAGUCAAGUCAGGCAAUGGGCCUCCCUGCCCUCGAAGAUUUCCCUGUGGCACGCGGUGUUCUGGCCAGCCCCCUGUACCGGGUGGCCUCACGGACGUGGUCCUGUUUUCUCCGGGCUGGAUGCUGCCUGUGGAGCUGGAAGUGCCCGUGGGCCCCAGCAGCUGCCACAGGUUGUGGAGCUGGAGAGUGAAUCGGAGGGUGCAUGGAAAGGGGUUGAUGUUGCCCAUGUGUGGCAGCUCC